AUGAAUGUGCUGCACACAGGCUGCCUCAUGAUUCAGUUGGCACAAUAUUCGAGAUAUUGCAUCCAAGUAGAACAGAGUUUUAUGGGUCCUCGGGAUCUGGGCCUACCUGAGGAGGCUCAAGAGGCGCCAAACCCAAACUAUUCACUGAAAUUUGAAAUGGUUACGGAACAACCUCGAAAAGUGUUGCCGAAACGGGACUGGAUUGAUGGCCUCUACUCGUGCACGAAUGAUUGUCGUUCAUGUUGGUGCGUUCUGUGUUGCUAUCCAUGUUACAUGUGUUCAAUGUACCGUCGCUACGGCGAGUGUUGCGGAACACCAAUGGGCAUCGUCUUCCCCGGCCUAGUGUUACGUUCUUAUCACAGAGCAAAACACAAUAUCCAAGGCACCCUGUGCGGCGACUGUGCUGUCGAUUACUGCUGCACCCUUUGCGCCGCUUGUCAGUUGGAUCGUGACAUGAAGUAUGUGGAAUCAACGACAGGGAUUUUGAACACGUAGUGAUGCGUUCUGGAAAGUCGAAUGAGGUCACUAACAUUGCUGCAGUUGACUUUCCACAAAAAUAAUUUGUUUUGUACAUAUAUUUGUCUGCCGAACAUCUGUUGUAUGCAAAACUAACACCUGAUAAUGUCCUAACUUUUGACGCAUAAAUAUAAUGCACCGACUAUCAG